AUGCGCUCAGGAUGUGGGAGACCACAAAUGUCCGUCUGUUCAGCGUGGAUGAUGGGUUGGAUCUUUAUUCUGUCGCUAUGGAUUUCUGCGACUCAGGGGAUGAAAUUUGAUCAAAUUAGGAGUCUGAGGAUCGAGACAGAACAGAUGUUCUACCAUGGGUUUGAAAACUACCUCGAACACGCCUUUCCCGAAGACGAACUACGUCCUCUCUCCUGCCAACCGCUCGUCCGCGAUCGAAAGAAUCCUGGCCACGCCGAGCUUAAUGAUGUUUUGGGAAACUAUUCCCUGACUCUGAUUGAUAGCCUGUCAACGCUGGCCAUUUUGUCCUCCAGCCCGGAUGAUGGACAAAAGGCCUUCGGAUACUUCCAGGAUGGAAUAAAGGACUUUGUGAGGCUAUAUGGGGAUGGUUCUAAUGGCCCUGCGGGACAGGGCGAACGUAGUCGAGGAUUUGACAUGGAUAGCAAAGUCCAGGUCUUUGAGACUGUCAUUCGCGGACUGGGUGGGCUGUUGAGCUCGCAUCUCUUUGCCGUCGGUGACCUUCCUAUAACCCGAUAUAGCCCGCCCCCCGCAGAGGCGGCAUAUGCGAAAGCCUGGGACAAGGCAUCCUUCGCCGGCGAGAAUAGAGGAAUAAGCUGGAACAAUGAGUUUGUGUACGACGGCCAAUUCCUUAGACUUGCCGUUGAUUUGGCAAAUCGUAUUCUCCCGGCUUUCUAUACCGACACUGGCCUUCCCUACCCCCGGGUAAAUCUGCGGCACGGAGUACAUAAACAGCCAUUCUACGCCAACUCGCCAUUGAAUGCGGACACCACACAUGGAUGUGGCGGCAGAGAUAAUGAUGUUUGCGUGGCCUCAUCACCGGAGGUCACGGAAACUUGCAGCGCAGGCGCAGGCAGUCUCGUUUUAGAAUUCACUGUUUUGAGCAGACUCACUGGAGACGGCCGCUACGAGGAAUUAGCGAAGAGGGCUUUUUGGGCGGUAUGGCAUCGAAGAAGUGAUAUUGGAUUAAUUGGCGCGGGCAUUGACGCAGAGUCUGGCAAAUGGGUUGCCCCUUUCACUGGUAUUGGUGCCGGGAUUGACAGCUUUUUUGAAUACGCAUUCAAGUCAUAUGUCCUCCUAUCUUCCGGAGAGCCGCCGGGUUCUAAUAACAGCAGCCCGUGGCAUAUUCUCGAUGAUUACUUUGUUCCGCUUAGCGAAUACGAACAUUCGCCCGAGGCAUUCCUGCAGGUCUGGGAGGACUCACACUCAUCAAUAAGACGCCAUCUUUACCGUGGCGAAGGUUACCAACAUCCGCACUUGAUACAGGGAGAUAUCUUUACCGGCGCCACCCGGGCCUUUUGGAUCGACAGCCUGAGUGCCUUCUUCCCAGGCCUUCUUUCGUUAGCAGGAGAACUGGACGAGGCGAUAGGGAUCCAUCUGCUUACGACCGCUAUCUGGAAUCGUUUCUCUGGGCUUCCUGAAAGAUGGAAUGUUGCCACAGGGAACGUCGAGGGUGACCUCGGAUGGUAUGGCGGACGGCCGGAGUUCAUAGAGUCGACGUUCUAUCUUUAUCAAGCUACGAAGGACCCUUGGUAUUUGCACGUUGGUGAGAUGGUGUUGCGAGACAUUAAACGCCGUUGCUGGACAAAGUGCGGCUGGGCUGGACUCCAGGACGUCCGCAACGGCGAGUUGAGUGACCGCAUGGAGAGUUUUUUCCUUGGCGAGACAGCCAAGUAUAUGUUUUUGCUGUAUCACCCUGAGCAUCCCCUAAACCACCUAGAUCGGCCGUUCGUUUUUAGUACCGAGGGUCAUCCCCUGGUUGUUCCAGAGAGCACAUAUUCAGCCCAGUCCCAGCGCAAAACAAAGGAGUCCCAUAAAAAUGGGCUUUCAGGUGAGCUAGUUUGCCCUAUUGCUCCAUCGCCACCAACGUUUGGGCUAUCGUCAACUGCGGCUCGUCCGGACGUUUUCCACGCUGCAAAUUUGGCUCGACUCGACUUGAUGCCGAGUCGUGGUCCACCGGAAGGAUCUUUGGAAAGGCCAGCAAAAGAUCGCCCUGGAGUUACAAUCGCUGAUUUGACUUCGCCAACGAACUAUACUUUCUUUCCUUGGACUUUGCCACCAGAGUUGGUGCCGUUCAACGGAACGAGUUCAGCCAUGACUAUUCGUCCUACUCUGGACAUAUCGUUUCCAGCUGUACCUGGAAUGGCCUACGGACCUGGCUCACUGGAACGGGUCCGGGAUGGCAUCCUUGUCAAAACCAUCGGUGGCUUGCGUAUGAGCAUGAUCAAGGACGCAUCCGCUUUUAGUGCGGAAGAGAGCGAAUUUAGAGUGCAGGUAGUCAAUGGCGUACCAUUGGGAAAGGAUGAGAAGGUAUACCUCCUCAGGGAAAUCACAUUUGAUGUCCUAGAUCCUGGGGAUCCGAAUUUCACACGGAUGCGCGAUCCCGCGAUGAUUGACCUGGUCAUUGACGUUCUCUCAGAAAACUUCAACCAACGAAAUGAUUCUAAUGAUGGUCGAGAAUCUCCUACGACUGGAAAUGGAGGACAGCAGCGAGUCAUCACCACUACGUCAUCCGCAGACGAAGGCAAAGACCCGGCGCCAAUAGACGCCUCAGUGUCUAACAUGAAGGACGUCCUGUCAUCUCUAGUCAGUUCUGUGUCGUCAUUGUGGCGAGAUGAGGUUGACCAGCUCUACACGCCUUCCCCGUCUGCAAAAAAUACACUUUCUACCCGCCUCCCCAUCCCCGCGGCAGUUGCCACAGGGCUAGGUUCGGGUCCCCUCCCAGAUGUGGACGAUACGCCUCUUGUGUCGGUCACUGGUGGAGCGUCUCAAGCCCGGCUCUCCUGGUCUGACAUCUACAUGGCUGGUAACCUUUGUGAUCAGCGCAUUACCCGUGACAUUGCGCAAUCUCACCAAGUGCUUGUGAUAAAGCGCGGGGGAUGCACCUUUUCCCAGAAACUUCGGAAUAUCCCGGCAUAUCCACCCUCGCGAAAUGCCCUGAAACUCGUUAUUGUUGUUUCCUACGAGGAGGAAAUGCACAUUCAGAGCCAGCAGCACCUGGGCCCGGGACUCGCAGCAAUGCUUGCAGAACCGUACCUUGCGCGCCCGCAGCUGGACGAGAUACAGAUGACAACCGGUGGAAUCCCACGACGCCACCUGCUAAGCAUGGUGAUGGUGGGUGGGGGGGAAGUGACAUACGAGCUCCUGCGCCAGGCAAACGGAGUGGGCCUCAAACGACGGUAUUCAAUGCGGUCGCAGGGCGUUCCGAUCAGUAAUUUAUUUGUUGCUUAA